AUGGCUCGAAACAGCGAGAAAGCACAGUCUAUGCUGUUCCGAUUCCGAGCGGCACAGGCAGCAGAUCUCGGAAUUCUCGACAUCGCGCGAACACGUCGACCUAAGGGCAUUACACAGAUAGAUUCUAUACCAACCGCAGAAAAAUGGCGAGGUCAAGUGCUCAAAGAAAUAUCGCGCAAAGUCACCCGAAUCCAAGAUCCCAGUCUCAGCGAUUACCAAAUUCGAGACCUGAAUGAUGAGAUCAACAAACUCAUGAGGGAGAAACAUAUGUGGGAGUCACAAAUUCGGAAUUUAGGCGGACCGAACUACAUGCGUGGCGGGGGAAGAGUUUAUGACGAUGAGGGCAGGGAGAUUCCAGGGGGUGGGAAAGGUUACAGAUACUUUGGACGUGCGCGAGAGCUCCCUGGUGUCAAAGAGAUGUUUGAAGCUGCGGCGAGAAAGAAUCGACCAGAUGAAGAGGAAACCGAGAGCGGAAAGAAAGCUGCCGAAUUAUUUCGCAAACAUGUUGAUGCUGCUUACUUCGGUUAUGGGCGAGACGAAGAAGAGGAUGCCCUGGUAGCUUACGAGCAAAAGCGUGAAAAGGAGGCAAUCGAGAAUAUGAUUAAGAAUGGAGAGGAUGAUGCCGAGGAUGGCUGGGAACCGUUGCCUGGUGAUGCUGGUGACGGUGUAGAAUGGAGGCUUCCUACGCUCGAAGAAGUUCAAGAAGAGCUUGUGGAUAGAAGGCGGCGAAGACUUCUGGACAAGAUCUCAUAA